GGACAACAGACACACUACACGCAUCCCAACUGCUCCAUCACAACUCGUCCAAAAACAAGUCCCCUGCAGGACACCCCGAUUCCCACCCACGUGCAAUGGGCUGCUCGUGCUGCGUUCACUGACACAAGUGAGUUCCCGUCUCCCUGAUCCCUGCCCCCCCGUCAGCAGUCUUAUUCAACAGGCUCCAACAUGCUGCGAGAGAGCUCCAAGGCGUCGAGCAACGGCUCCGAGGCCUACAGCAGCGAUCCCGAGGAAGACGAGGAGGAGGAAGAGGAGGAGGAGGACAUGGUGGUCGGGGAGAACGAUCAGGACGGCAUGGCGGACGAGCUGAUGGAUCUGAGCGACCUGCCCACGUCGCUAUUUGUCUGCAGUGUCCACGAGAGUGUGUUUGAGGACGACGUGCACAGGGUGAGACGGAGCAAACUCACUUUCUGGGUCAUAGCCUAG